GGUACUUCCGCUUCCGUCCGCCCAUGGGCUUCGCUGCGGUCCGCGAGUUGGGCGAGCUCUUCGUCUUCUUUGCGCCAGCUUCUGCGCGCCCGUUUCCUUGCGUCCGCCUCCCUCUGGGUGGCGCAGACUCGCCCUUUUAGCGGAAAACGUCUCCUUUCUCUCUCCGCUCCGGCGUAGACGCGGUGCUGAACCCGCAGCCGCAGGACAAAGGGUGACGUCCAGAGCCGGAGUCAUGGAGGCGACCGGUCCGGGCUUGGUGGCCGCUGGGAGCCCCGCGCCGCCGUGGGCGAAAGAGGAAGGAGCCGGCCCGAGCGCAGGCCCGGAGCGUAACUCUGCGGGCUCCUCGUCCACUCCUGAGGGGCCACCGCCUGAACGACCCAACCCCAACGCCGCCGUCCCCGAAGCGAUUCCUCCGCCUGCCGCGGCGGCCUCCGUGGCUCUGGAGCUGCGCCUCGGGCCCGCAGUCCUGGCGUCCGCGCCCCUUGCAGAAGCCGCUCCGCUCUCCUCCCCAGACUCCGGCGGCUCCCGGCCCGGCCCGGAGACGUUCCGUCAGCGUUUCCGACAGUUCCGCUACCAGGACGCGGCGGGCCCGCGAGAGGCGUUCCGGCAGCUGCGGGAGCUCUCUCGCCAGUGGCUGCGACCCGACAUCCGCACGAAGGAGCAGAUCGUGGAGAUGCUAGUCCAGGAGCAGCUGCUCGCCAUCAUGCCCGAGGCGGCGCGGGCCCGGCGGCUUCGCCGCCGCACCGAUGUUCGCAUCACCGGCUGAGCGGCGAGCGGCCUGGAGCGGAGAUCCGGGCCUGGGCCCUGCGCCUCGCUCUCCACUCCGCGUUGAUGAAAAACGAGUUUCGGCAGCCCCUGUAGUCUGAUGUGGCCCUUUCGUUCGUUCUUUACUGGGUUUAUUUUCUCGAGCGUAUUUCCAACCUUCUUUCUGGCUAGUGUCGAACCCACGUUGGGAGCCCAGGAGAAUAAAGCCUUUGUUUCCUGUUCA